CCGGUGUUUACGCAGAAACAUUUCACCAGUUCAGCAUCGACAGCCGAAGUGUCUGGAUCACUCAUUUUAACUACAUUUUCUAGAAGGUUUUUCUGAAAGGAAUUGUUUCUCAGGCUAAUGCAAUGAUACUGCUACUGCUCUUCGGAGCUCAUCUGGUCUCUGCUGGAACACACUCUCUGAGAUACGUCUACACUGGUGUGUCUGGAGUCAAUGACUUCCCAGAGUUCACAGCGGUCGGUCAGGUAGAUGAAGGGCAGUUAGUGUAUUUUGACAGCAAGAUGAUGAAAGCUGUGCCAAAGACAGAGUGGAUGAGACAGAAUGAAGGAGCAGAUUACUGGGACAGAGAGACUCAGGGUUUGACUGGCGAACAUCAGAACUUCAAAAACAACAUCCAUAUCCUAAAGGAGCGCUUCAACCAGACGACAGGUGUGCACACUUACCAGGUGAUGUACGGCUGUGAGUUUGAUGAUCAGACUGGAGAAAUAAAUGGGUUCUUCCAGUAUGGUUAUGAUGGAGAGGACUUUCUGUUUCUGGAUCUGAAGGAGAUGAGAUGGAUUAUUCCAGUGCAGCAACGAAUCAUCACUGUAGAUAAAUGGAACAAUGACAGAGGUAGACUUGAGGCUUUUAGAAAUUACUUCAGCACCGUGUGCAUCGAGUGGUUGAAAAAGUAUCUGGAGUAUGGAAAGAGCAGCCUGAAGAAAACAGUCUCUCCUCAGGUGUCUGUGCUGAAGAAGUCUUCCUCGUCUCCAGUCAAGUGUCAUGCUACAGGUUUUUACCCCAAAGAUGUAACAAUCUCCUGGAUGAAGAAUGACCAGGAGCAUCAUGAGGAUGUGGAGGUUGGUGAACUUCUUCCCAAUGAGGACGGGACCUUUCAGAAGACCAGCACCCUCACAGUUACUCCUGAAGAGCUGAAGAAGAAUGAGUUCAUCUGUGUGGUGGAGCAUCAGGGAAAAACCUUCAGAGAGAUCCUGAAAGACGAUUCUCUUCCCAUCAUCAUCAUUGUUGGUGUUGUUCUGGCUCUGAUUCUGUCGGCUGUCAUCGGUGUCGUUGUGUUUAAGGUGUAUCAGAAAAAGAAAGGCUUCAGACCUGUCAAUGCCUCUGAUGAUGGUUCAAACAGCUCGGCUCGUACAGAUCCACAAGCAUAAAGAUGGGACUAGAAGUGUUGGAGAGAUGAACUCGAAAAAAAAGAAGCUCAUCCUGCUGUCCAUCUUGCUUUCAGCACUGAACACAAACACUCAUAUCCAGGGGCGUAGAUUACGCGGGGGACACGGGGGACAUGCCCCCCCCCCCCACUUUUAAUAUCAUGGAAAUUCGUCUCCCUGCACUUUUUCAGCCAAAUGUGUUCGCAUAGAUGUUUUCAAGAGCUGGUGUGAAUAAAUAUAGAUUUAAACUCAAAGAGACAGGAUAGUCUGCUCAUGAUCUGAUAUUUUAUUCGGACCCAGAAUCGCUAAACUCUUAUGAAGUGUGUGUUUCAUUCAUCCUCGAAGCCGGAGCGCGCUCUCGCGCAGAAAGUCUCAGGAAACUCCUAAUAUGGGCAACAGCGUCCAGCUAUCACUGUAUGAAAUGUAACAGAAAUGAGUCGAACCAGACAAAUUAAAGAGUCUAUCAAAGCUGUUUGGAACACGAGCUGAAUUCCUCAGGAAGUCAUAAAUCAGUUUUAGUGCCACAAGAACCAAGGAAGAUAACCAACCAACUUGUGCACACAACAGCUUUCAACAUUAACACCACUAGAACAAUUAUUGACAAUUUUAAUUUGCAGAAGAGAUUGUCAAAUGUGUUGUUCGUAAUUGAAAUGCAACGCUGGACAUCACAUGGAAACCCAUGAGUUAAACACUUCCAUUGACUUCCCCCCACCCAGCAGAACCAGACUGAAAUUCCUAAGGGGGGGAAGGGCUUUAAACCUCUGUCUUCACAGAAAAGUCUUUGUCAGAGAAUGGCAAAGAAACUUCUUUUGUACAUAUAUAUGGACCAGAAUGAACUCAAAAAGACUUAUAAAUGAAUCAGUCCAUCGCUUCACUCCAUAUUCAUUUAUGUGUAACCCACACAUUUGACUAUCAUGUUAUAAUCACUUAUUGUGUCUGUUUUUUUUUUAUAACUAUGGCAUAGCUUAACGAUUCAUAAUUGUGUUUGAUAUGUGUGUGAUUGAAUUUUCUUGCUUGAUAUUGUCCUGACAAUCAUUUAUUUGUAAAAUAUAUCAUAAUCUGGUAAUAGGAAUCAUGUCCAAAAUUAGACCCUGCAAGGCAGGAAAAUUCGCACCACAUGCUUGGUAAGAUAAACAAAUGAUUUAUGAUACCCCCCGAUCCAAGACAAUAUCUGAUUGGUCAAGACAACAUUUGAGGUGUGGCCAAAAGGCCAGUUUAAAAACAUAGGACACCAUGAAAUCUUGCUUUUAGUCUGCUUUUAGUCUCUAGCUGUGUUUCUGCUAUUAGCCAUGUUUGUUGUCAUCACUAUUCUUUGAGCGCGGUUGCAGUGUGCUUCGGCCUGCACGCCUGCUGCCACGAUGAGAAGGAACACAACCUUGUCUCGUCAAACUUUAUUUCUUUUCUUUUCCGUUUGAGAGUUUCGUGUUCUGAGUUAAGUUUUGUAACGUCGAGUCUCCGACGCCUGACCUCGGGUGCCCGUUCAACUUCAACCAGCCACACAACUCUGCACCUUCAGCCAACGCUCAACAACCACGGGCUUCCCAAGACGUCACUUCAGCGACUGAACUUCCAGCCAAUCAGCGACACCGGGAUACCCCUUUCAACGGGAGUCCCUUUCACAGGAAACGCAAGUGACUUUACCUCCAGACUCUGACAUUUGUGCUGGUGUAUCUAAUAUAAUUUUAACCUCACUGAGGAACUCAAUGCAAGGGCUAAUUACGUGAUUGAUGGUUGUUCAUGUCUAUGCAAUUUAACGUAUUGCUGUAAACUUGGGAUUCCAUAUUUCCAUUCUCUUAAACUCAUCUUUCCCUAACUUUCGAUCUUCCUGCAACUUGUGUGAAUGUGUGAGUGCGUGUGUUUAUGUGUUAGAUUAGUUUAUAUGUCUUAGAUUUAUCUAAUAAAGCCUUAUUCAUAUUGAAAAGAGAAGUAUCUUGUGUUUUGUGCUUACAAGUUAAUGUCUUAAACAGGGCGUCUCAGUGAUCAGCCGUGAAACAGUGAUUCUGUUCAAAUUCCCUUUAAAAUCUUAAAUGAUUCCCUUUGAGCUAAAUUGACCUGUUUCCGUUACAGAAAACAGUUAUUUUGACAGAAGAACUGAAACUUUUGGAAACAUGAAGAAAUUAAUAUACGAUUGCGACAAUAUAUGGUUUUUCAAGUCAUCUCCAGCAGGUGAUAAAUACAGUGUAUCAACAAAACAGUGCUAAUUGACAGAUUUAUUACGGUAUAGAAACUAUUCUGCCUUAUUAUGUGAUAAAUAAGUGUUUGUAGUAUAUAACAAAAAUCAUUAUUAUUUGUUAUUGUCAAGCAGUUAUAGAUUUCUAAGCUAAUUAAAAGCUAGAAAUUAGAGAAUAAUUAAAGUUGCCUAUAGUAUCCACUACCAGUACUUUUAAUUACUUUAAAUAGACUUUAAAAUGGUCUAGAUUGUAUGAAUUGUGCAAUUGGGCUAUUUCAUCAAUUAAAUCAAACAAGCAAUAGUUAGGCUUCAUAUUUUAUUCCUUGUUUGGGAUUUUGGGGCUUUUUUUCUGUUUAUGUCCUUUUUGUUGUUUUAAAUAAUUUAGAUAAGAAGUUGAUACAGUGAUAACUGAUUCUUGUUAAACAAUUGUCAAUGAAUCUGAACAGUACAGUAAAAUAUGGACAAUUUUCUUUGAGGUUUCUGUGCUGAAGUAAGGCACAUAUGUUUAUUUGUAUAUUGGUUACCUUGCAAAUGUUGUAAUGUUGUUUUGAUUCCUUAAAAAUAAAUAAACCUCAUAAAAAAAGA